AGAGAAAAGGGGCGUGGUGGUCGGAGCUGCUGUGCUGGCAGCAGUAGGCGAGGGCGCGGCUGCGGGGUUCCUGAGGACGGACGCCAUUGGAGCCCCAGGGAAGGUAGGUAUCCAGCCCCAGAUGGGACCGUGAGAGGGCGAGUGGGACCCGCACGCUGCGGCCUCCCCACCCCACCCCCACACCCGGACCUGAACAAAGCCCAAGCACUCAGACGCCGAGCCCCAUUAGACCCACGGUCCAGGUCACCCCAACCACUCCUAGAUCACUCCAACCGAGCUGACCGCUUUGCCCCAUUCCUGGCGUCGCAAUCCUGGGAUUUGAGACUUCCAGCGCUCCAGUUCGAGCGUCACUCAGUGCCAGCCCGCCUCCCCGCUUAGCGCUCUUGUAUGAGCCCAGCCUAGAUCCGGAUCAGCCGAAUCCCCACCCGGACCCAGCCAAGGGGUCCCUGGGACACAGUUUCCCAGAGCUUCCCGCGGUCCCCGUUGUUUGAGCCCUCUCAUCUCAUUUGCUGCCCCUUCAUCCUGCUCGCGUGCUCCAGCCCUUAAGAUUGAAGCCCUUUGUUUCUCCCUCUCUCCAUACAUCCUCUUUGGGACUCUUCAGACUCAACACCACCAGUCCACUCCAUAUUCAAAUCUAGCCGCUGGGGUGGGGAGCCUGUCCACCUUAACCCCCCCUUUCAGUGUGGGGCCCUCAGCUCCUCCAUCCCUCCCCUAGGGCUCUGCCUCUCACAGAGUCUACCUGCGCCACCCCACCCCCUGCACCCUACUCCACACUGCCUGGUAACCUGGUGAUUGCUACCCCCACCUCCUGAGAGAUGCCGCCCCUUGUUCCGGAGGAGGCCUCAGCCUCGCCCUCAGGCUGGGCUCUCUUCUCCUUGGGACCCCCAUUCCCCCAGCAUGGCUGAGGGAAGCUACCGCAUGGAACCCGAAAGCUACAACGUUGAAGACAUGGAGGAGGGUAGCGAUGAAGUCGGGGAAGAAGAGAUGGAAGGAAACGACUAUGAGGAAUUUGGUGCCUUUGGAGGCUACGGCACCCUCACCAGCUUCGACGUCCGUAUCCUCAGAGCCUUUGGGAGCCUGGGUCCAGGCCUUCGCAUCCUAUCGAAUGAGCCCUGGGAACUGGAAAACCCUAUGCUGGCCAGGACUCUGAUGGAGGCAUUUCAGCUGGAUCCAGAAGCACUUGGCAAUGAGGCGGCCACCCGGGCUGCCAACGUAGCCCGUGCCACUGCCUCCAACCGUACCGCUCGAGCUGCUGCCGCCGCUGCCCGUGCCACCUACAGUCAGGUGGUCGCCAACCACCCUGUGGCCGAAGAACAGGCUCCAGGAGAAAGUGCCCAGCCCAUGACAUCCACGGCGGAGACUCAGGCAGCCACCCCUGAGGCAACCCUUGCUUCUCCACGCAUCUCCCAGAUGCUAGUCAAGAGAGAGAUGGCCGCCCCCGGGCCCACAGCCACCUCCACCCCGCCCCAGACAGCCUUGCAGGCCCAGGAGGCUGCUAGUGAGGGCCCGAGUACUGCCUGUGUUUUCUCUCCGGCUCCACGUGCCAGUGAGAGGGAUGCCCUGCGGCCCAAGACAGCCUUCCUGGGUCAGAACGAUAUCUUUUAUUUCACCCAGCCAGCGGGUGUCAGUGGCAUGGCCUUCCCACGCCCCAAGAGACCCGCCACAGCCCAAGAGGCUGCCACAGAGGGCCCCAGUGCUGCCUCCUCGGGGGGGACCCAGGCAGCAUCUGCCACGGAGGGGGCUGCCACCCGGCCCAAGACGAUCAAGUCUGGGAAGGCUCUCGCCAAGACUCGGUGGGUAGAGCCCCAGAACGUUGUGACAGCCGCUGCUGCCAAGGCCAAGGUGGCUACGAGCAUCCCUGAGCCUGAAGGUGCAGCUGCCCCUGCUCAGCGCAGCACUGAGCCCUGGGCCAGGAUGGGAGGCAAGAGGACCAAGAAGUCCAAGCACCUGGAUGACGAAUAUGAGAGCAGCGAGGAGGAGAGAGAGCCUCCUGUGGUCCCACCGCCCUGGAGAGCAUCACAGCCCCCACUGGCAGUGCGGGCUCAGAUGGCCCCUCGGCCCCCGAUGGCCCUGAAGUCCCAGGUGCCCUCAAGGCAUGUACUGUGCUUGCCGCCGCGCAACGUGGCCCUUCUACAAGAGAGGGCAAAUAAGUUGGUGAAAUAUCUGAUGAUUAAGGACUACAAGAAGAUCCCCAUCAAGCGCUCAGACAUGCUGAAGGACGUGAUCCGGGAAUAUGAUGAACAUUUCCCUGAGAUCAUCGAGCGAGCAACAUACACUCUGGAAAAGAAGUUUGGGAUCCACCUGAAGGAAAUUGACAAGGAACAGCACCUGUACAUUCUUGUCUGCACGCGGGAUUCUUCAGCUCGCCUCCUGGGAAAGACCAAGGACACUCCCAGGCUGAGUCUCCUCUUGGUGAUUCUGGGAGUCAUCUUUAUGAAUGGCAACCGUGCUAGCGAGGCUGUCCUCUGGGAGGCCCUACGCAAGAUGGGACUGCGCCCUGGGGUGAGGCACCCAUUCCUUGGCGAUCUGAGGAAGCUCAUUACAGAAGACUUUGUGAAGCAGAAGUACCUGGAAUACAAGAAGGUCCCCAAUAGCAGCCCACCUGAGUAUGAAUUCGUCUGGGGCCUGCGAGCCCGCCACGAGACCAGCAAGAUGAGGGUGCUGAGAUUCAUCGCCCAGUAUCAGAACCGGGACCCCCGGGAUUGGAAGACUCAUUUCUUGGAGGCUGUGGAUGAUGCUUUCAAGAUGAUGGAUGUGGAUAUGGCUGAGGAACAAGUCAGGGCCCAGAUGAGGGCGCAGAUGAACAUCGGGGACGAAGCUCUGAUUGGACGGUGGAGCUGGGACGACAUCCAGGUGGAACUGCUGACCUGGGACGAGGAUGGAGAUUUUGGCGACGCCUGGGCCAGGAUCCCCUUUGCUUUCUGGGCCAGAUACCAUCAGUACAUUCUGAACAGCAACCGUGCCAAUAGGAGAACCACCUGGAGAGCUGGCCUCAGCAGCGGCACCAAUGGUGGGGCCAGCACCAGCACCCUAGAUGGCCCCAGCACCAGCUCCACCAUCCGCACCAGAAACGCCGCCAGGACGAGCGCCAACUUCUUCUCUUGGAUCCAACAGCGCUGAUGAACUGCAGCAGUCACAGCCAGAGUGCCUCCUCAGAGUCCUUCUUGACGUAGCACUCGAGGCAGCUCCUACCUGCCCAUCGGAGAUGGCAUGCAAGACGAAGCUCUCUCUCUGCCCUCCCUGCUUUCAUUGUGUUCUUCUGUCGUGCUCACGUUUUGGGUUAUCAGUGUUAACAUUAAAGUUGCAAAAUUA